AUGCCAGUACAAUCAUCUCGAUCCAGCUAUCUGAUUCUCCUGUCGCGCCAAGGCAAAGUGCGUCUGGCAAAAUGGUUUACUACCCUCUCACCUAAAGAAAAGGCAAAAAUUGUCAAGGAUGUCUCCCAACUCGUGCUUUCACGGCGCACUCACCAAAAGGUAGUCUACCGUCGCUAUGCCUCUCUCUUCUUCAUCGCCGGCUGCUCAGCCACCGACAAUGAAUUGAUCAGCCUAGAGAUCGUGCAUCGUUACGUCGAGCAGAUGGAUAAAUAUUACGGCAAUGUCUGCGAACUUGAUAUCAUAUUCAACUUCCAGAAAGCAUACUUCAUACUGGACGAACUACUUCUUGCUGGAGAAAUGCAGGAGAGCAGCAAGAAAAAUGUCCUGCGGUGCAUUAGCCAGCAAGACAGUUUAGAAGAUAUUGAGCCCUUCCUCCACUCCCCAUACCCUUUCCCCCCUGGCGAACUCGGACGCUAA